AAAUAUAAUAGGGAACAUAUAUAUUAGGCUCUACCCCAUUCAUUUAUGAGUGAAAUUAGAAAAUAAAUCCACAAUUAAUAAGAAGAAGAAGGAGAAAAAAGAAAAGUAAAAAAGGAAGUAGAGUUAGCAGAGAAGAGAAAAAAAAAAAUCGUCAAUAAAUUUGAGUCUCGUUUCCAUCGGCGUCUUCUUGUCCCCAAAUUAGUUCCAAUGGCCGUCAGAUCUGAAUCGGAAUCGGCGAAAAUCGCACUAAUCACGGGCAUUACUGGGCAGGACGGUUCGUACCUGACGGAAUUCCUCCUGGAGAAGGGGUACGAGGUGCACGGGCUGAUCCGGCGGUCGUCUAACUUCAACACGCAGCGGAUCAACCACAUCUACAUCGACCCUCACAACGCCCACAAGGCCCGCAUGAAGCUCCACUACGCCGACCUCACCGACGCCUCCUCCCUCCGCCGCUGGCUCGACACCAUCCUCCCCGACGAGGUCUACAACCUCGCCGCCCAAUCCCACGUCGCCGUCUCCUUCGAGAUCCCCGACUACACCGCCGACGUCGUGGCCACCGGCGCCCUCCGCCUCCUCGAGGCCGUCCGCUCCCACAUCGCCUCCUCCGGCCGCUCCCACAUCCGCUACUACCAGGCCGGCUCCUCCGAGAUGUUCGGAUCCACGCCGCCGCCCCAGUCCGAGAGCACCCCCUUCCACCCGCGCUCCCCCUACGCCGCCGCCAAGUGCGCCGCCCACUGGUACACCGUGAACUACCGCGAGGCCUACGGCAUCUUCGCCUGCAACGGCAUCCUCUUCAACCACGAGUCCCCCCGCCGCGGCGAGAACUUCGUGACCCGCAAGAUCACCCGCGCCGUCGGCCGCAUCAAGAUCGGCCUCCAGAGCAAGCUCUUCCUCGGCAACCUCCAGGCCUCGCGCGAUUGGGGCUUCGCCGGGGACUACGUGGAGGCAAUGUGGCUGAUGCUGCAGCAGGACAAGCCCGACGACUACGUGGUCGCCACCGAGGAGUCCCACACCGUCGAGGAGUUCCUCACCGUUGCGUUCGGCUCCGCGGGGCUCAACUGGAAGGAUCACGUCGUCAUCGACAAGCGCUACUUCCGCCCCACUGAGGUGGAUAAUCUCAAAGGCGACGCCAGCAAGGCCAAGAAGGUGCUCGGCUGGAAGCCCAAGGUGGGCUUCCAGCAGCUCGUCAAGAUGAUGGUCGAUGAAGACAUUGAGCUCGCCAAGAGAGAGAAAGUGCUUGUCGAUGCAGGCUACUUGGACGCCCAGCAGCAACCUUGAUCAUCUUUGCUGUUUCUUCAUAUUAAUUUAUUGCCUGCUUAUCCAUUCAAUUCUAAGAACAUUCUGCUCUUCUAUCAUCAUCAUCAUCAUAUCUUUUGUUAGAUUUGGAGUUGUUAUUACUCAUAAAUCAUACAUCUUAGUCUAA